CCCUCCCGCUCUGCCCUCAGGCCGCGGGUCCGCCCGGGCGGCCGAGCCCCCGCUGCUGCUCCGGCCCCGCCUGAGGGCACCGAGCGCAGCCUGCGCCCGGCUCAGUCGGACCGGACCGGCCGCUCUCGGCCUCGAGGAGGCUCAGGGGGUGAGAUGUGUUAACGAGUCGUGCUUUGGUUUUCCUUAGGCAGAGAGCGAGGCAGCGGGAUCACCAGAGGGCACCAGGAACCGCGCUGGGAGCCGGGCCGCUGAAGGGCAGCGAGCGCGGCUGGAGCAGGUGGAGGGCUAUGCGAUUCCCCGGCCGGGCGCUGAGGAUGCCGAGAAAGGUGUCCCAAAAGGCAAAGGAAUGAAAGUUUAAGGCCUGUGAUGCUGUGAGCACAUGAAUAGUGUGCAGGGACUCUUGGCUGCCUCUGUGAUCUCCAUCCAGAAUUCGUGCUUCGUCUAUCCUGCCUGUCAAAACUGCUUUUCCAGGCUGAUCCUGGAUUCCAGGAGGUUCCACUGUCUAAAAUGUGGCUGCACAGGUGAAGCUAAAGAUGCUAGCUACAGAUACAGGUUGUCCCUAAAGGUUGCUGACACUAAAGAUUUGUUUGACAUCACUGUUUUUGGAAGUUGCUUAGAUCCAUUCUUCGGGAUCACCGCAGCAAAUCUGCAGAGGUAUAUUCAAGACUUCAAUCAGCUGUCAGGAGAAACAAACACAGAGUCAUUUACAAGAACAUUAGUUCAUGCAGUGGAAACCUGUUUCAUUGGAAAAAGGUUUAUCUUUGGAGUGAAGGGUUGUACAAGGGAACAUGGAGGGCAUUCUGCUGCCAGCAGCAUCUUGCAGAAGUGUUCCAGAAUUAAUAGAAGUACGAAAAACCUUGUGGCGUGCCAGAUCUUCCCGCCAAAUGCUGCUGUUACUGGCUUCACUGUUAUCAGCUACUUAGAUCGUCUCCUGCAGUCGGCAAAGCUCAGGAGCUGUAAUAACAGCUCAUAUUUACCUGAUGUGUCAUCAGCUCCCAUAGAUGAGCCUCUCAGUGAGCUCAGCAGCUUGUCUAGCCUGAGCAGGAGCUCCUGUUUCGUUCAGUCUACUGGCAGGGAAAGUUUUUUAGGGUGCUGGCAGCAGUCCUUCAGUCUGACUUCAUCUGUUGCUUGGGUAACAGCAGAAGACUUUCCCACUCUGGAAGAGGGAAAGCUGCCGAGUGAACAGCAUGAAGAAGAGGAGAGGCCUGUCUCUGCAGAAUUGGGCAGUGUAAGCCUCAACAAUCAAACUCUUUGGGACUCACAGUUUCUGAUCUCUUCUGUGAAGGAAGGGGAUAAAGAGAAGGAUAAUGAAUCGAGUUCACAGCUUAGACAGACUGACGGUGUCUCUGCAACUGAUAAACUGGGGAGAGUUUCCUCUUCAAACACUGAAUGUUCACAUGGAAACAGUUCCAAGUUGUUACAACAUCCCUUGGAAUCUGAGGUAAAAAACAAUUACCCAAAAACUAAUAGUAGAAAUUAUUGUUAUGCAGAAAAAUCCCACAACUCCCUUGUUUGCAAGAGAGAUGCCUCAGUUCCUAAUCAUGUAAAUGUAGCUGGAGUGUCUCCAAUGGACUCUAUGCUCUGGGAAGAGCUCCCGUUCUCAGAAAGCCUAAAUGAAUUGUUAGCCAGAAUAGAGGACGGCAGGAGUGUUGUAACAUCACCCAGCCUUGAGGCAGGCAAACAAAUCCAUCUUGAAAGUAGCAAGUUGGGUGUAAAUCGCAAUAAAUCGUGUUCCAGGAAAGCUGUAGGUGAUUUGCAUCCCUGGCAAGAGCCAGGGAGGCUCUUGCCACCAGCAGAGAAUGAUAGUUGGGAGAACACAGUGCUUGCUUGUCUUCAGUCAAAUGCAAACCCUCUGAGUGAUGUCUCACAAUACGAGUCUUCCCCUAGUGAUUUAUCUUCAACCCUCAAGGAAGGUGGAGCACCCUCGCCAGUUGCACCAGAGCCAUCUGUUUCUCAGAGCAGACGUGUGCAGUCCAAAGGAGCAAAGAGUGACCCUGCAAAUUCUUCUUGGUCUUUUAUCAGGCUGCAUGGAGAAACCUCCUGUUUAAAAAGGAGCAAGACAGCCACCUGUGUGCAUUCUGCACGUGAAAGCUGUUUAGCUGCUUGUGAAAAUAAAGAAAACUAUUCUACCCCAAGCCAAAAAACAGAUCUUACACUCACAGGGGCCCAGGUCUCUGAUGCACUAACUCCCAACAAUGCAAGAAGGAUAUAUAAAAGAGAAUUAAAACCACUGACAGAACUGCCAGAUAAUACCUUCAAAAGUGUUAGUAGGAAAGACCUGCAGUGGAACAACAUCUUCCCUGAAGGCAGCUACAAUGUUUCUGCUGAUCUCUUUGAUGCAAGUGUAAGAGAGGUAGCAAAACCUGUGGAAUUCUUAAAUAAAUCAUGUAAUUCUUUAAUACGGGAGGACACUUUGACAGAGAAGGUCACAGCUGAAUCGGUGCUUUCUCCUGGAGGUGUUCCUUGUAAUAGUUCAAGCCUGAGCUCAUCCCUGCACAGGUCCCCCCGUGCUUUUAGCAUGCACAGCACACCUGUCACUUACUCCUUCUGUGAUUCGGAAUGCAGCUCAGUUUGCGCUCAGGACUUUGUUCCUUAUUCACAGUCAACUCCAAUGACAAAACCUCUGCAGAAACUGUGGCCUGUUGGAGAUAGAAGCUCUUUCAUCACCAUCUUCACCCCUAAAAAUCCCACUAAAGUCCAUUCCAAGUGCAAGCGAUCCAGGUCUGCCUUUCAGAACACGCUGCUGCAGCAGCUUACUGGCAAGUUAGUGAAGCGUGGGAGACCGAGGAACAGGGAAGAAAAAGGAAGUGGUACCUCUGCUUCCCAGCAGUUCCUUAACAGCCAGCUGCCUGCCAGCUUGGAGGAGUGGAUCCCUCUAUCUUCAAACAAAGGGCUCAAACCAACUGCAUCUUUAAAUUUAAAAACAGCUACUUGGGCUGCUGACUUGCAGUCCACCUAUGGGCACACUGGCAGGAACCCUAUUUCUGAAAGCAGAAAGAACAGUGAAAAUGAUGCAAAUCUCAUCCAAAAUGAGAGAAUAAGCCCUGGGGAUAGAGCCAUGAUUCUAACAACUCCUGUAUCUGCAAGUGCCACCAAGACCUCGUUUUUAAAUGAUCCGGUCCUGAAGACUUGUUCCCCUUCAGAAGGUGAGAAUCACCUCUCAAGUGGAAAUUAUUCAGGGCUUGUGUUGGACAGGCCAACUGUCUGGUCUCCUGAGCUGUUCUUCCAAGCACGGACCCCUUUUUCCAAUAAGCCAAAACACUAAGAGAGAUACAUUUCUAUGCUGUGUUCUUUUUAAUUAUUUUUUUAAAACUUUUGGGAAGGAUCAGUGGAAGAAAAGAGCUAUUUAAAUUGUUUAUACACCUGUCAGCAUAUGUCUUGCAAAGAAGAGUUAGGUUUAUUUUCAGACCUUUGUACCACAGAGAUGAGGGAAAUUAGAAUUUGUAGUUACUGUAUUUUCUUGAAAAUUAUUAGGAUGUGCAAUAAACACUUUUGUAAACGUGUGA